CUGAAUUCAGAGAACGAUUUUGAGCAUGUUGCGGCACGGAUGCGGUACUGGGUGCGGCAGCUUCCAAUCAAGCACCCACCUCGCAACGGCCUGUCUCCCUUGACAAGCUCCAUAUUACCAUGUUAUCACACUUAUCAUUGCAUCUUGAGCGAGACUCGAUGUUUGCCUGAAUGCUGUUGUUAUACAGCCCUAGUCGUAAGGAUGAUUUUGAGUUUUAUCCGUCAAUUAUUUCGGCGCGGGACGCCAUGCGAGCGUGAUACAACACAACCCAAUACCACGGGUGUGACCCAUAGUGCCAAGGAAGCCUCCGGUUGUAAUCGCACAGAAACUGUGACUGCGCAAUCUCUCACUGAUACUCCCAAUGAACAUGUUCGUGUUGAUGUUACCGUCCGUGUUUUUGACACGCAAAAUCAAAGGCUCGAGUCGCAGCACUAUACCUCGAAUGCUCACACCACUCCGACUGUACAACAACCACCCGCCCCAUCACAGCUCGCACUUGCCAACCAACCACCACCAAAUGAGGCGCGAGAUCAGCCUCAUGGAAAUGUGCGAUUUCCUAUUGACGAGCCACAUGGACGAAAGGCUACGCACACCUUUGCUGUCUCUGAACCAAGGGCACCUAAACCUCAGCCCCAGGUACCUACCAGUGGUAAUACCGAGUGGGAUGUCUGGCCUGACGGCCACAUUGUGCGCACCUACUCGCAUGAAGAUGCCAAACGGCCCGAGGUCAACAAUUUCCACGUCCACUGGGCUUGUGAGGGCGUAGGUGCUCCUCGACAUAAAGGCUCACUCGAUGCGUUACAGUGGCAAGACGGUGUGCGUAGUCGUAGACGUUGCCACGGUGUAAUUAUAUGCACCAACCAUGAAUCCAAGGGUGGAUCAUGUGCCAUUGUCAUCCGCCCUACAACGACGAAGAAACUCAUUACGAGGCAGCUUGAGACAACAUGCUUGUGUGGUGCCAUGCUCGUCCAUAAUCACUGCGGUAUAAUUUACGACCUUUUCAAAUUUGCGGGCGGUGUGUGCUUCGUUCAUCGUGGCUUUCACAACCACCUUCGCCCACCGCGACGAUUGCAUCUGACGAGAGUGGAAUCGGAUCUCUUCCAGCAAGUCAUCGAGGAGCACCCCCGCAUGGGCGCAACACAGCUUUUGAUGGGCCGCCCAGUCAAUUGCGGUCAUAUCUCCAGUGCUUCUGAACACAGCCAGGAGUUCACGGAGUUCCAGCGCCAGCAUCCUAAUUUCGUUAUUUUCCACACCUUCGAUCCCGUCGCAGUUGUCAUCACGCAGUCACCCACCAUGUUGUCGUUUCUUGUCAAGAAUCACAGUAAUGGCAUUAUAUCUGAUGCUGCCCAUGGGUUUUGGGCUGAGCGUAAUGAUCUAUUAAUCAUAAGCUCGGUCUUCAGUGAUGCUCUGCAAUGCUGGGUGCCAGGUGUAAUGACGUGGUCGAAUGGUGGCACCGAAGCACACUACCGUCAUCAUUUCCGUGCACUAUUUGAAACAAUGGCAGGGGAGUAUGAAAGGCAGAACACUCAACCUCCAGGUGAGGUUGGCGAGGGAGAUAUAGUUGAUGCUCUUUAUGGAGAUCGUAAACGUCGCCGCAUGAUCCGGCUCGGGAAAUGGACUCACACUCACGAAGUUCCCCAGCAUGAGGAUGUCAUUGCAAACUUUAGGAAUAUACCCUACAGCAUUAAUAUCGACGAAGCAUUGGCUCCUCACACUCAACUCCUUACAGAUAUUCUUGAGCAGCCGGAUCCUGUGAAGAUGCGCGACACAGUCCCAGUUCUUGGAUAUCUCGCUGACCUGUCAGAGAAAUCAGGUCGUAGGCACACUACAGUCCCGUAUUGCGGUGAUCUGUCACUCACGGACUGUGCUCAUAUUGCAAACUGGAUUUACCGAAAUGUCCCUGGUGCAGCUGAACGAAUUAUCAAUUGGCUAAACUGUGCUACAUAUGCACAUGCUUGCACUAUCGUAGUUUCGAAGCGCAAGAAAAACUUACUCCAGGAGCCAGCCGAAAAUAUCCUCAUUGAACGUCGCUCGUCAGGACCUGGCAUGGACUCAGUUCCUACUCCGGAAGAGCGAGAAAACGCGAUUCUCCAGGCUGCCUGGCUUGACCUCCAACUCAGCUAUGAUCUGACCUCGAUGGAUAUAGACGUCGACUUGGAGUGUCUUGGCAUACUGGAACAGCGGAUGUUCGAGCUCUCGUUGGCUGCAGGAGCUGCAGGAAAUGAACAAUGGGGCAAAGAUGCUGGUGCACACCAAGAGCGAUGGAAUCCCUAUGAGGGCCUCCCUGAGCACUGGAAUCAUGGCGACCGAGAUUCAUACGCACCGGAAUUUGAAGGAGAAGUAGACGUGCGUCAUCAUCGCUUUUCAUCGCGGAUCAGUCUGACAUGGUUCGACUAA